UGCCCGUCUAAUUUUAUGGGUGUUUAUUGUCAAUUUGCAAACCCGUGCUUUCCUCAGCCAUGUUUAAACGGAGGGGUUUGUCUAUCGAUUAAUUCGACUGCGAGUCAAAAUUCUUCGUUCAUUUGUCAGUGCCCGCCUAAUUAUUUUGGAACAUUAUGCGAAACGAUCGAUCCUUAUUCAUGUCGAAACAAUCCUUGUUUGAAUGGUGGUACUUGCUUAUCUAGUUCAACUGGUCCUAUUACUUGCCAAUGUUUGCCUAAUUUUGUCGGCAUUUAUUGUGGUCAACCAAACCCUUGUCUUUCUAACCCAUGUAAAAACGCUGCAACUUGCAGUUUUUCAACCACUUCAAAUAGUUUUCAGUGCAAAUGUCCUGACGGGUUUGUUGAUCCAACAUGCUCUACCAUUGAUCCGUGUAAAUCAUCUCCAUGUCUCAAUGGUGUAUGCACGUCAGUUGUUUCAACCACUGUACCAUAUGCUGCAAAUUUCAAGUGUUUAUGUACUAACACGUAUGUUGGUCAAAUUUGUAAUGUAAUUAACCCGUGUUUGAAUGUUCCUUGUGCAAACUUAGGAACUUGUCGAAACACUGGAAUUUAUAAUGAAACGUACGUUUGUGAUUGUAGACCUGGUUUUUCUGGCCCGCAAUGUACCCUGUCUAAUUCUUGUUCUACUUCAGUAUGCCUAAACAAUGGCACAUGCAGUGCUACUACAAAUGGAUUUGUUUGUGCCUGUCCACCAAACUUUUAUGGACUGACAUGUUCCGAAUUUGAUCCGUGUCGUGUUAACCCCUGUAAAAACAACGGAAUUUGUAUUGUGAAUGUAAACUUAUUUACAUGCACAUGCUCAUCUGGUUGGGUUGGAACAACAUGUGAAAUUCGUGAUCCUUGUAUCGCAAAUCCUUGUCUUAAUAAUGGCCAGUGCAUUAGGAAUGGUUCUAAUUUUAACUGUAAUUGUCCUGCUGGCUACUCAGGGACCAUUUGCCAAACAAUUGUCAAUUUAUGUUCCAGUGCUCCUUGUCUUAACGGCGGUACAUGUUCAUUAGACGCCAGCGGUUUAUCUUUCACGUGCACUUGUCUACUUGGAUAUGUAGGAGAACGAUGCAAUAGCCAAAGUCCUUGCUCACCAAAUCCAUGUCAAAAUGGAGGAACAUGUUCUGUAGGGACAAGUGGAUCAUUUGUUUGUGCUUGUACGACUGGAUUCAAUGGACCAACAUGUUCGUCCAACCCCUGCAGUGGCAAUCCAUGCCUUAACAAUGCCACAUGCGCUAUUAGUGCUGGUACAUUUAUUUGCAGGUUAGAAAAUUAA